GUAUCCAGUGUUUUAUACGUGUGUUUCGUGCUCCAUUUUUUUAAUAAUCGUUUUGAGAAGGAUUGCUUAAGUGCGAUCUGCAAGAGAAGUGAGACAAUGUACAACACAGUCUGGACGUCGGAAAAAGAGGAUGAUGAUUGGAGGGAUGUUAUGAUGCCAUAUUCCACAGAGUUGAUAUUUUACAUAGAAAUGGACCAACCUCCAGCUCUCCCUCCUAAGCCAGCCAAGCCCAUGACUCCAGUGACUCCCGUGAGCAGCAGUGUGGUUAAGGAGGUCUCUGUGGGCUCGCUACAGGAGGCCGAGUGGUACUGGGGAGACAUAUCCAGGGAGGAGGUCAAUGACAAGCUGAGGGACAUGCCUGAUGGAACCUUCCUGGUCCGGGACGCCUCCACCAAGAUGCAAGGAGACUACACGCUAACCCUGAGGAAAGGGGGAAACAACAAGCUGAUCAAGAUCUACCACCGGGACGGCAAGUACGGCUUCUCGGACCCUCUGACGUUCAGCUCUGUGGUGGAGCUCAUCAGCCACUACCGCCAUGAGUCCCUGGCCCAGUACAACACCAAGCUGGACGUCAAGCUCAUGUACCCCAUCUCUCGCUACCAGCAGGAUCAGCUGGUGAAGGAGGACAACAUCGACGCUGUGGGGAAGAAGCUGCAGGAAUAUCACAAUCAAUAUCAGGAGAAGAGCAAAGAGUACGACCGGCUGUACGAGGAGUACACCAAGACCUCACAGGAGAUCCAGAUGAAGAGGACGGCCAUCGAGGCGUUCAACGAGACCAUCAAGAUCUUUGAGGAGCAGUGUCACACACAGGAGCGCUACAGCAAGGAGUACAUCGAGCGCUUCCGCCGCGAGGGCAACGACAAGGAGAUCGAGAGGAUCAUGAUGAACUACGAGAAGCUCAAGUCUCGUCUCGGGGAGAUCCACGACAGCAAGAUCAGUCUGGAGCAGGACCUCAAGACCCAGGCCCUGGACAACCGGGAAACAGACAAGAAGAUGAACAGCCUUAAACCUGACCUGAUCCAGCUGCGCAAGAUCCGGGACCAGUACCUCGUCUGGCUCAACCACAAAGGGGUGCGUCAGAAACGAAUUAACGACUGGCUAGGGAUCAAAAGCGACAACACCGAUGAAGGGUACUUUGUGAACGAGGAUGACGAGGUCCUGCCCCACUACGAUGAGAAGAGCUGGUUUGUGGGAGACCUGAACCGGACUCAGUCAGAGGAGCUGCUGCUGGGGAAGCCAGACGGUGCUUUCCUCAUCAGGGAGAGCAGCAAGAAGGGCUGCUACGCCUGCUCUGUGGUCGUGGAGAACGAGGUGAAGCACUGCGUCAUCUACAGCACGCCCCGCGGCUAUGGCUUCGCCGAGCCCUACAACCUGUACAGCAGCCUGAAGGAGCUGGUCCUACACUACCACCAGACGUCUCUGGUCCAGCACAACGACUCUCUCAACGUGCGCCUGGCCUACCCCGUCUACGCACAGAUGCCCUCUGGACGCAGAUGAGCCCUGCUACACACAAACACACACAGAGAGACAACAGGUCCCUGGGCCGCAGGCACCCAGAGGGGGGCAGAGGGGCAGGGGGUGUGAAGACACGAUCAGAUCCCCUUCACCACCAACCACCCCCCUCCAACACCAGAAAGAAAUAAACAAGAAAAAAAUAAAAAACACUCGCUGCAACACUUCAGCCACCUUGAAGUUAUAUAUAUUUUUACUAGAACAAUCCGGAGGGCAUUCUUACCUAAAGACUGCUUGAUUUGCACAAAGACGUUUUAAUGUUUGUGAAUGUGAAGAAAAAAAAAACGGAAGGCAACUGAAGAGACGACUUUCAGGGGACCCGCUGCUAACGCUUCAGCCGGGACAACUUUCAGAGAAAAAAGGACACUCCCAUUUGAGCUUCUGUUUGUUUUCCUCCCUUAUUUUUGUUCUUUUGAAAUUUAGACUCAUUCUUUGUUUGUUCCUGCUUGUACCGCGGAAUGCAAGAGAUGAUGAUGAUGUGUAUGACCUCUGUCCCUAUCCGUACGAAAAGCAAAAACAAUGUAGCAUACCAGACGAUGGACAGAGCUUUCCUCCAUGUAGACUGCUGCUGAAAGGGUUGGGGGAGGGAGGGAGGGGAGGGGGCUGGGAGAGGGGGAGAGAGUUAAUGGGGCAAGAGAAAAAGGAUUUGUAGUCUUAAGAGUGAAGAAAAAGCUUGCUUCUUUAUUACUAACCAUACAUUCUUUUGUUCUGUUUGUGCGUGUCUUCACAGUCAUGGACACCAAAGUUGACAUGGGGGGGGACGUUUUUAAAAUCUUUAUUAGUAUUAUAGUUUUUGGGGGAUGGAGGUGGCAAAUAAGCAAGUGAUUUUGUUUGAUGUCACACACAAAACAGAGUUUGGGCCCAGUGCUUAUGCGCUAUAAGUCGCAGAGGUUUGGUAACCAAAUGGUACGCACAGAAAUGGUCAAGUUAGAAGCACUUAUCCUGAACGAUAAGUCCACCCUACACACACACAGUGAAGGCUAACGACCGUCAAACCUAAAAACACGUUUUAUGUGUGGUUUCAGAAAAUAACUAAACAUGUGUAUAUGCUAAUGUUUGUCGAGAGAGAGAGAGAGAGAGAGAGAGAGAGAGAGAGAGAAAUCCACAGACUUGUAUUUGUCAGACUUUUUGGAGAUAAGCUUUGAACUGCAGUGUACCCCAACACAGAUUACCCACUGAUGACCCAGGCUUUAGAUGACCCAGGCUUUAGAUGACCCAGGCUUUAGAUGACCCAGGCUUUAGAUGACCCAGGCUUUAGAUGGCAAACACUUGAAAAACCGUGCAAUCCAACAUCGUAUUAUGAGUAUGUAGGCUGUUGUUCCAGCAGCAUAGACAAGAGAGAGAGCAGGGUACGUCCAGCUUAGGGAGGGAAUCGAGAUCAACAGUCACAGUUUCUGAAGAGAUUCUUUUGUGGUUGUGUUUUACUCAUCAAGAAGCUUCUAAAACCGGUGCUUGACUUUAUAACCAGUGGAAACCGUUUCUGUUUAAAGAAAAAAAAAGACACCAUCGCACAAUAAAAAAAGUUUUCCCAAAACUGCAAACCCAACUGCAAUGUGCCCACGUGCAGUUUGUAUUCACUUCCUUCUCUUCCCUGCCUUCGCGUUCUAUAUUCUGAUUGGCUGUUGUGCCUGGGCUACUGUUCGGUCAUUGGCUAUUCCUGUGCAGAGCUCACAAUAUGUCCCAGAAUCCCCAGAGACCAGUGUGUUCAUCCCGAGGGUUAGACUCCGGGCCUUCAGCCUGCCACCCUAGUCUUCCUCUAUCCUAUUUUAAGGUCCUGCUGACAGGAGAGGUUAGCGGAGCAAAGACUUAGUGAUUUAACGACCCAGGAGGAAGACAAAGAAUAAAAAAACAGAUGUUUGGUGUUAGAUGCCCUGUACCAGAACUGCAGAUCUCACUCCAAGAACACUUCUAACCGGGACGAAAAAACGGCUGAACGUAGAUACUACGUACCAAAUCUGAAUCUUAAGAGCGGGAGAAACCGGAAAGAUUUCAAAAGAUAGGAGCAGACACUGGUUACAAAGUUAAACGCUGCGUGCAUCGUCUGCAGUGCUGCGUUCUCACCAAGCAGGGUGACGCUGCGUGCAUCGUCUGCAGUGCUGCGUUCUCACCAAGCAGGGUGACGCUGCGUGCAUCGUCUGCAGUGCUGCGUUCUCACCAAGCAGGGUGACGCUGCGUGCAUCGUCUGCAGUGCUGCGUUCUCACCAGCAGGGUGACGCUGCAUGUGGGUGAGUAGGGCUUGACUGGGUCGGUGGGUCGGUUAGCUGAACGAACGAGAGGGAGGCCACGAUGGUUGUAGGGCGUCGGAACCGCCGCGAGUGACUGAUACGACACUUGUCGUAGCCUGCCAUCUUAUCCCCCCUCCCCCCCCCUGCAGACCCUGCACCCCCUCAGGAGGAGGGUUGAAUGACAAGCCAGGCCACGUGUGUUUGGGGACAGGGGUUUAAGCCUAAACACACAACUAAGGCCCUUUUUCAAUGCUGAGUCACACUCUGUCUAUCCUACCUAGCAACAGCAGAGUUUAUCUUCUAUUGGAGGGUGAUAGAGGUGUGUCUGGGAGGACAGGAGGACGGAUGGAGAAAACGUUGAAUGUACAACAGUAACGCGCUAUUCGUUUGGAUAGAAUUCUUUAAUUUUUGGGGGGAAAUGGCCCAAACUCAGUCUAAGAUGCAACAAGUCCACAACAAAACCAGCAAUUUGGGUUGAAGUUAGUGUCAGCUAGGGUCAGUCAGUAAGCUAGACAAGUUAGUCAAUGGCAGUGGUGUCUUUAGACACAUUCAGUAUGAAGUUAGCCUAUGAGGUUACUGAUUACUAUAGAGCCAGCGUCUCACCUCUGGCUUCCUCUCCAACAUGGUCCUCCAGCAGUGUGUGAGGACUUAGUGUUUAGUCUAGUCUCUUUACCACGAGACACAGGUCCCAAACUCUAUUACUUGAACUAUUGCAUUGCUCACUGUUGAAUGUCUUUGAAAAUAUACAUAUAUAUUAAGAGAUUCCUUUUUUUUGGGGGGGGGGGGGGGGGGGGGGGAGCAAGUGAGCUGAUGAUUGAUAAUUGGCUUUGCAGAUGCAGGUUGCCAUGGUUUCCUCAUGAGGUGAAGGGAGUUUUGGAAACUCCGAGAUGUGAUUUUGUUUUUUUUUGUUGAGGGGAGAGGGAGGGGUAGUCUUAAUGCACACUUCACCCAUUAAAAACAACACGAGUGUCAUAGAUAUGUCGUGUGUGCGUGCACACAAAGUCACGGUUCUGCUGUGAUGAAAGUAUCAGCCAUUUCUUCUUCGUGAAACUAAAAUAAGUGUUUUAUUUUGUUUAGUUGUUUGACUUUUCACCUCUUUCUAUUCCUUCCUGCGUUGAGACCAAAGAUUUAAUUUCCUGUUGUCCUUUGAAAAGUUUGAAAGGGAUGUUCAAAUUGUUUCUUCACAAUUUCAUUCUCGCCUUGCUUUUCUCAGAAACAAUACAAUAGAUAGUUUAUUGAGUGAGCUUGUUCCAGUAGUUUUUGUUUAUAAACUUGAUUACAAUAACGUCAAAAUUAUUACCGGAGUUUCCAGGGCGACAAAUACAAGUAUGCUGUUUAUACAGAGCAAUAUUUGGUUUCACGCUCAAAUUCUAACACCGUUUUUGUAUUCAAUUCAAAUGCCUCUGUCUCUGCCACUACAGAGAGAGAGAGAGAGAGAGACAGAGAGAGAGAGAGAGACAGAGAGAGACAGAGAGCGAGACAGAGAGAGAGACGGAGACAGAGCGAGAGAGUUAAGUUUGCAAAACAAUACUCCUUCCAGUCAGGGCUCCUAACUGUAGAGUUCACUCAUCAACAUCAUAGCUCCAUGUGUGCCAUUGGCGUUUCAUAUUGUUUUAUUAAGGAACUCUUUAUUUACCCCCCCCCCCCCC